CGUUCCUGGGGCUGGCGGCAGCGGCGGUGGUGACCCAGCAGCAGCRGAGCUAGCUAGCAGUCUGUAUGUCGAGGAAGCCAUGUUGAUGCCUGUUUCUGUGUCAAACGUUACGUUUCGGUUGGUUAAAGGAGUGCGGGUUAAAGACGGGAAGCCUCAGCGGUGAUUCGAGACCCGCGAUGAGAAGAGCGGAGCGGACUGGGACGGUCCAGGCAGCGCCAGAGGAGGGGAGCUGGUCUUAGGUCGCUGGCCAGUCGAUUCAAAGCAAAUGAAGUUGAUGCUAGUUAGCMGCGCGGACGCUGCGUGGGAUGCGGCUUUGGAACUACCAACCGUAAUUUUUUAGCUUUACGGGUUUUAUUGAACGAACCAGMCUGCCAGGUGACUCUGCCCGAAGUGACGGGGCUGAUGAAUUCGCGCUAGCUGUUGUAAACUGGCUUUGUGAAGCUAGCUGCUAGCCGAGUUCACCGCAGGAGUGGAAGGGAAAAACAAGCUUUUUCGGAAGCAAAGAAGAAAUAUGGUGGCGAAUUCACUCCCCGGGGGAACCRACCAUUUCGCAGCCUAACUUUCCUCCUCCUGCAGUAUCGCUGCGGAGCCCUCGUCCUCCUCUUCCUCUUACCUGAAGCAAGCUGGCGGCCCUCCGGGUAGAAGCCGAGGACAAGGACCUGGGGCCGAUGGCCUGGGUCCUGAAGAUGGACGAUGCCGCCAUCGAGUCGGGGCUCGUGCACGACUUCGAUGCUAGCCUGUCUGGUAUCGGACAGGAGCUCGGAGCUGGAGCCUACAGCAUGAGCGAUGUGCUGGCUCUGCCCAUCUUCAACUCCUCCAGCCUGCCCCCCGAAAACAAGACCAAAAACCCCCCAUUCCAGUAUGUGCUUUGCGCCGCCACAUCACCUGCUGUCAAGCUGCACGACGAGACGCUCACAUACCUAAACCAAGGCCAGUCUUAUGAGAUCCGUUUGUUGGACAACAGAAAAGCAGGGGAGUUACCAGAGCUGAACAACAAGAUGGUGAAGAGCACGGUGCGAGUGGUCUUUCACGACCGACGGCUGCAAUACACGGAGCACCAGCAGCUGGAGGGCUGGAGGUGGAACCGUCCAGGCGACCGUCUCCUUGACAUCGAUAUCCCCAUGUCGGUUGGCAUUAUUGAGCCGAAGACUCACUCCUCCCAGCUUAACGCCGCAGAGUUUCUGUGGGACAUGAACAAAAGGACGUCUGUUUUUGUGCAGGUGCACUGCAUCAGCACAGAGUUCACUCCCAGGAAGCACGGUGGAGAGAAGGGCGUCCCCUUCAGGAUCCAGCUCGACACUUUCGCCCAGGGAGAGGGUGGCGAGUACACAGAACACCUCCACUCUGCGUCCUGCCAAAUCAAAGUCUUCAAACCAAAGGGGGCAGACCGUAAACAAAAGACUGACAGGGAGAAGAUGGAGAAGCGCACUCCUCAAGAGAAAGAAAAGUACCAACCCUCCUAUGAUACCACUAUUUUAUCAGAGACGAGGCUUGAGCCCAUCAUAGAGGAUGCGGGCGACCAUGAGCUGAAAAAGUCCAGCAAGCGGACACUUCCCGCUGACUGUGGCGACUCCUUGGCCAAGAGAGGCAGUUGCUCGCCGUGGCCAGACGCCGCCUACGCCAGCACCAACCAGGCAGCUACCCCCUCCUUYACCUCCACCCCACUGUCCACCUACACAACUUCCUCAGUACUGGACAGUGACUCGUCCUCUCCCAAUCACCAGGCAGACCCUGGGGUCCACAGCAACUCAGAGCAGCUGAGCCCCACUGCCUCCAUACAGGACACACAGAAGUGGCUGCUGAAAAACCGUUUCAACUCCUACACUCGACUCUUUUCUCAUUUCUCAGGUUCUGAUUUGUUAAAGUUGACUCGGGAUGAUCUGGUUCAGAUUUGUGGGGCAGCAGAUGGGAUCAGACUCUUCAAUGCUCUCAAAUCCAGGUCAGUUCGCCCCAGGUUGACUGUGUACGUCUGUCAGGAGUCUCCUCAGGAGAGCCCCCUGCUGGAGAGACACUGCACUAUUGAAAACGGAGAACACAGGAACUCCACUAGUUUACACGUGUAUCAUGCUCUGUACUUGGAGGAGCUCACAGCUGCAGAACUCAUCAGAAAGAUGGCGUCUGUCUGCGGCAUUCCUCUGGGAACCAUCAACCAGGUGUACAGACAGGGUCCUAUAGGCAUACACAUCCUGCUCAGUGACCAGAUGGUUUACAACUUGUCUGACGAGAGCUGUUUUUUGAUCAGCACUAUCAAAGAUGAGUUUGGCGAAGGACUUCAUCUGAUCAUGAAGUAGUGAGGAGGACAGAUGGCAUCACUAAUUCUCCACCCUCUGUUUUGGAGCGGCAGCCUCCUCCGUGUCCCUCUCUGCCCGCCUCUACUCUUAUCGCUCUACAUCCUCCCGAUCUCUUCUAAUAAUAGCUCGAUGGAAAGCUGCGUUAAUGUAAAUGUUAGAAUCUGACAUGGGUGUGUCCACUGUUUCAUAUUGAAAACACUAUUAACAAAAGGGUUCGUUAGGAGAGGAGACUCGGGAGGGUAAAGGAUAAGGGAGUAGUUGACAUUGUUUUUUAUGUAUUUUGGUUUUAUUUUAUUUUGUCUUUUUUUUUUAAAUAUAUAUAUAUAGUUUGUGUGUGGAGACAGGAGGGUGGAGGCUCCGAAAGAGAGUGAUGGAUGGUGCUCUGGCCUGCGAGAGCUGAAAAGAGUUUUUUUUAUUGCUCGUUGCCCUUCCUACACAACGCACACAACCAGCACUAGGCCAGUAUUUGAUUAAAGUGUACUGCUGAACAGCAUGCAAAUCCGUAUGAAGUUGCUUAACAGAGACAACUCACCUUACUCUGCUUACUAAAUAUUCUUAAUGGGGAUGUCUUAAUUUAACUGAUCAGCUGAGCUUGGUAACUUGUAAAAUAUUCAGACUAAAUGAGUGGAAGUGCCCUCAUUUUGUGGAUUUAGGCGCUUUGUUUUAUUAUUAUUUUUAAGAUAAAAGAUUUUAUGAUAUCUCGCCACAUGGAGUCAGACUUUGUGAUAUGCAGCCAUAUCUCAGCUCAACACAUCCUGACUGACCUGCUCUUUUACUGUUUUUAUUUGAUGCUUAGUUUAUGGGUCAGCUGUUUCUGUUGCUCUCAGUGAAUUUAUUCGUUUUCUGGUGCCAUACUGGCUUAUUAGUUCAAUCUAUAAAGCACAUAAACUCCAUCUUUGUUUCUUCCGCUUGUGUUGACUUCAAAACUCCAGUUUAGAGAAAUGUGCUUCAGGGAUUUUGGCCAAACAUGUGUAAGAUGAGUUAAAAGCCUCUUGCUCUCCUGUGGAGGAUUGAUGCCCAUUAAAAACCUACUAUAAAGUGGACCAAAAAGGUUACCGAUGGGCUGCUUUUGACAGAUGAUUAACAAUAGUGUUGCUUGACAUUGUGGUCAUUAGAAGCACUGAAACUGGUCUGGAAGUAAAUACGUUUUGAUCUAUUUUUUAUUUUUUAUUUUUGCUUUGUGCCUCCUAAUUCCAGAUUCUGCUUUGCUGCAAACGUCCCAUCAUGCAUCAGUGACGACGCCUGAUUAGGGUAAACCUAAAAAUCACGGCAGUGCAAAUCUUAUGUAGCUGAAUAUGAAUCAUUUCGUUUCAAGGGUGGAAGGUGGCAGGAAGUGUCACGCUCUCUGCUUUGGUUUUGAUGAUCAGUUUCGGCUUUUCUAUCUUUUUUUUUUUUUAAGGAGGUUACGGUUUACAGUCAGUGUGUCAGAAUGUGUGUAUCUUUUUUGUGUUUCUGCAAAGAUUACGUUGGGAGCUUUUUCCUGUUAGUAUGAAAAGUUGUGUUUAGCUUGCUAUUUAGUAAAGAGCAUGUGGAAAACUGGCAGACAGAUAAUUUGUCUAUGAGUGUAUCCCCCCCCUCAUCCCCUAUGGUAGAGACCAAGCCUGCACCGAGGAAAAUAACCCACAAAAUUCUACCUUGAUGUGUAGUCUGUAGUCCUACAGCCCCACCCCUUUCUUAAAAAAGCAGCCGUUUGUCUCGACACGCGCCAGAGCCAGGACUGUAGCCGUGUGACGUGUUUACAGGAAGCCRCUGUCCGUCAGCUCCUCAGUAACAAUAAGCAGUCUGGAGAGCAGUUCUGCUCUGAACCAAGCGUCCGCCCAUCGGAGAGGUGACCACUGUUAAUGUCAAUAAUGCUUCUCAUGUGCACAGGAUCAUAUGCUGGAGAUGUACACAACCACAUGUGCUGGGAAUAAAUUACUUCAGAACUUUC